CUCAAACACACACCCGCACACACUCAUGAACACUUUGACAGAUGAGUGUGUGAAGCUCGCUCAAAGCUUGUUUCAAAGUCCUCCAAACCGCCAAAGAACCUGGACGAGUCUACGCACAGAUGCCUUCGUACACAUACGCGUGCGCGGCGCACCCGGUGCGCGUGCUUCGGCGUCUGGACGAGCUGCGCCUGCGUGGACUGCUCUGUGAUGUCACCGUGCAGGUAGACGGCCGCCGUUUCCACGCCCACCGCACCGUGCUGGCCUCGUGCAGCGACUACUUCGCCGGAAGGCUCCACCGCGACAACGAUGACAUCAUACUGCCACCGGAGGUAACCGCGGGUGGGUUCGAGCCCCUGCUCACAUUCGCCUACACGUCUGAGCUGCUCUUCGGUAAACAUGACAUCCUUGAAAUUCGUCAGGCGGCUUCUACGCUGGGCUUCCGAGACCUGGACCAAUCCUGUUUUGACUUCCUGCUCCCCAAGUUCAGCUCGGAUCUGCCUUUGCCAUCAUCACGGAGGAAGAAGUGUUGUACAAAGAAAGAGAAGACCAAAGAGGAGAAGGAGAGCAAACCUGUAUCGAAGGAAGCAGCUCUGCCAAGCUGUUUGGAAGAGAAUAGCAAGAGGACUAUAUUCACAUCUGGACCUCCUGUGGGUGCAGGAGGCCCCAAAUAUCGCAAGUUUCAGCUGGCUUAUGGGAAAGAAACUCCUCAGAAACAUGGAUGUAAGGAGACCUUUGGAGAAGAAAAACAGGAAGCAAGUAUCAAGUUUAAUGUUAGUCCUGAUCUGGUAACUGAAAUCCCCGGACGGAGAGAUGCAACUGAGCUUCCAGAAAUUGUCAGCAGCGAUCGUGACAAUGUGGACAAGUGUCCCAGAUCUGAAUCAGGCCACAUAAAUAAAGACACACUCUCAGAUGACAUACUCUCAGAUGAUGAAGAACAAGGACCAGGGACAAUGUUUGCUGAUUGUCCCAAACUGCGAGCUACUAAGCAGAAAACUGAAGGUCACAAGAAUGUUGAACGGCGCCUAGGAAAAUGUGCUAACAUGACUCUCAUGUCAGAUUCAGUCAUCAUCACAGAAGACGGCGAACCAGGGCUAAGGUUCUCAGGUGAUCCCAAGCUGGUUGCAGGUGCCACAUGGAAAGAUGAAGAUUCUGGAAGCCUAAGAGAAUGCCAGAGUGGAGUGGAAAUCUCAGGAAAUCGCACUUUUAAGGGUUUUAGCUCUGACUUGAUCUGUUCACCUCAGAAACCUUUCGAAGAAGAUCGAGAAAAAGGACCACAAACAAGGUUUUCUGAUGAUCCCGAUUGGCAACCUGAUGGAAGUCUAAAAUACAAAUACAAGGAUGUUGAUAGCUGUCUCAGAUCAAAUCCUAUCCCCUCACUUCAAGAACAAGGACCAAGAGUAAAGCUCCCUACUUGUCCCAAUUUAGUAGAAGGUGCCACGCAGAAUGCUGAAGCUACCAGAAGCCAGUGCAGAGCAGGGUAUCUCAGAGGUGAAACAAGCCCGUCUCAUCAAAACGCUACCACAAAAGAUGAAAACAAAAGAUCAGAAACAAUGUUUUUUGGUGAUCCAAAGCCCGUUCUAAGUGCCACUUGGAAACAUGAAGUUCUGGACCUACCAAAGCAUUUAAGAUACGGCACCAGUUUUGAGUAUCAACAAAACUUUACAGAAGUCAAAGAACAAGGACUAGAAAGGAGAUUUUGUGUUGGUCCUGAAACUGUAGCAGGUUCUACUUGGGAAGUCAAAGGCCCUGAAACACCACUGGGAUUCAAGAGCGCUGAUGUGUGGUCCAAUUCAGGCAUGGUUGAUCAGGACACCAUUGCAAAAGAUGAAAAAUACCGACCAGGCGUAAACCUCUCGUGUAUCACACAGAAAGUUGAAGGUCCUGGAGAAAUACUACUGGAGGACACAAGAAACAACGUGGACACUUGUUUGGGGUCUGACACUGCCCAGUUCCAUGAGAAUAUCACAGAACGAGAAAACGGGCCACAGUUCUCUAUUGUUCCUGAUCAUAUCCCAGAUGUCUCUCUGAAAACUGAAGCUCGUGGACGAGAGGAUGUUGCAUCUCACUCGGGCACCCCUCAUCAGAACCGGAUCUCUAUUGACCGCAACUGCCUCUUCUUGGCUCAGAAUCUGGAACGGAGCGUCCCCCUGUGGAAGGGAAGCACGUUGUCCGAAAGUGAAGGAGCGUCUCAGUCGGGCUUUUCGUCUUUCAACUCGGGUGAGGAUGGCGACUCAGAGACUGAUGGCGAUGGAGAUUGGUGCCCCAGAGAACGUGCCAGACAGAUGGCUCUUCCGUUCUCUGUGGAUUACGCGAUCCGUCUGAACCGCGUGGAACUGCAGAAUCUGCUGAGUCAACACGUGUUGACGCGGGAGCAGCUGGACUUGAUCCACGACGUCCGCCGGCGUGGCAAAAACAGACUGGCCGCACAACGAUGCCGUAAGAGGAAGCUGGAGUGCAUCGCAAACCUGCAGGAGGAAAUCGACAAGCUGAAAUGUGAGCGUGAGAAGCUGCUGGAGGAGCAGAACCACCUUCAUCACCUGAAGACUAGCACGCACCUCAGCGUCACAGCGCUGCGACGGCACGUCUACGGCGAGGACCAAGAUCUUGACCCUAGAUGCCCUCUGGCGUCAAACCUGGACACUCUACCCUUGACGGUUGCUUCCUCAAUGACAGCAGAGACACAAAAACGUUCAGAGGACAAUUAGAGGCAUGAAGGCUGAACAUAUUUAAACUUUUUUUAAUUCAGUCAUUUCUCAUUGUUUUUCAAUUCUCAGAUGAUAAAUACGAACUUCCUUGUAAAUAUUUGGACAUGAACACCAGGACUCAUCUUUGUACUGGGCACUAUUUGGAUACUUUAAAAAGGAUUCAACUUGUGUGUUAUUUGGUGUAAUUUUCAAAAAAAAACAAAAAAAAACACUCUCUUUGUUACGGUCCGCGGCAGCGGAAUUAAGCUUGCACCCCUAAGCAGACAACUCAAACCAAGUAGGCGUGUUACAAUAUUUAUUGAACUCAAAACCACAAGCAAACACCAGAAGGGAGUAACAAAACGGUUCCGUGACAAAAAUUUGACAGGGAUCUGAAAAACCGGAGGUUAAGGGUGAUGGGCGAAGGUUACAAGUCCUAAACAAAGCGAUGCACUCAUUAGUGCAGAGGAUACAAAACAAGAACGGCAUCCAGCAAAAAGAAAAAACAAGUCCAAACGUGCAUCAAUCGAAGACUAGCAAGUAGGCAUGAGAAUACAAAUUGGCAAUGCCGUCCAGAAAGAUAAUAUCCCUGAAACCUUCUCUUAUAAGAGUUUAUAAACUCUACUAACAAGAUGGGAUACAAGUGUGAUGCAGGUACAGUAACUCCGCCCACCGCCACACAAUUAGGCUCCGUCAUGCUAAACACAACCAGACCUGCAGCAGAAUGUGAAAGUCUUUUUGUUUAAACCCUAGAUGCCUUAAUUUACAUUUAACAUUUAUGCCUGUACAUCAGAGGUGGGUAGAGUAGCCCAAAAUUUUACUGCAGUAUGAGUAGUGUUACUUCAAAAUAAUAUUACUCAAGUAAAAGUAAAAGUCGUCAUCCAAAAAAUGUACUCAAGUACAAGUAAAAAAGUAUUUGGUGAAAAGAAUACUCAAGUAAUGAGUAACAUUGUGAAUAACUUUUUAUAUUUUUGUUGGAUUUUUUUUUUUCAAACAAUGUUUUUUUUUUUCUGAAGUUAUCUAUAACCAGGGGUGCACAUAAGUGGUCCGCAUGCGCGCAUGCGUACUGGACGUAGACAAACGCGCUGGCCCUCAACGGUUUCCAUACGCUUUUGCGUACCGAUGGCUGACCACUGUAUUUGCGGCGGACAUGAGAAAAUAACUUCUCGAAAUGUCGAAGAGGCAGGCUACACUGAGUAAUUACUUCCGUGUUCCCCCACUCCCGUCAAAAGACAGACAGACGACAGAGACGUCACCGGAGCUACCGAAAAAAUGACUUUAGCUGAAAAGUUGCUGCAGGAGGUACCAUGGCUAGAAGUAAAUGAUGCUCGCACGGAAAUGCGGUACAAAAUGUGCCGUGAGAAUCCCAAUGUCGCCGAUAAGAGCAGCGCAUUUUAUGUAGGGUCAAAGAAUUUCAGCCAUCCAAACUUUGCAAAGCACGAAAAAAACAGAGAGCAUGUGGCAAUUAAGCAAACUAUCAAUGUCAGACAGCACCGUACUCGCCCUAUGGACAAGUGGCGGAAUAAAGGUAAUGAAAACAGCGCCGUGCACUGACAAACGUGUUUUUGCUCGUAUUUUACAAAGCUAAACAUGCACGUUCAAUGAGGUCUUAUGAGGAGGACAUCCCACUUUUAAAAAGGCUUGGAGUUAAUGUGGGAGCCGCAUAAUGCCCUUUAUUUUGAAUUGGUGCGUUUAUGUUUAUUUCUUUACAUUUCACUUCAAAGUAAUGGCAAUUUUGUUGUGCCAGUUGAUGUUAAUCAGGCAUUAAUUGUUAAUAUAAUUAAUUAAAGUUAAUUGGCUCUAAGUAAAGCUUAUCAUAAAUCUAUCACAUUAGGCGGGUCGGCUCUCAAGCUUAAUGAGGACCAAGUCACAUCUCCAGGUCCUCCUCUGAGAACCUGGGCAAAAAAAUGAUGUGCACCCCUGUCUAUAACCCAUAACCCCAUAAAUAACCACAUUCAGCCAAAGAAGUCCCCCCCCCUAAAAAAAAAAAUCAUUGAAUUUCGACAAGAGAAAAUAAAUUAAAUAAAUGAAGCAUUAUUCGGCCAAAGCGCAUGAGUGCCCUCUGGCGGAGAAAAGUUCCUAGUUUGAAUAGUGAAGAGCUUCUUCAUAUAAUUACUAUUUUUAAAUCAAAAGCAUCAUAUCUUGGUGUUUUCGAGGUCAAUCGGUGCCAAAUGAAAAGCAGGGGAGAGGCUAAAAUUUGCGCUUUCGGGCCAUUUUGAGCGCAGCACUCUACAUCAAAUACUUCAUUUUAAAGGUGCUUUAAAGACACCACGUGAUUGAACAGGCUGGCGUGAAGGUAGAACGGCAAGCUUGCGUCUGAUUGGUAUAAUGGAGUCAUGUGAUUAUUGCUGCAACGUCCCAUUGGUGAAAUUGGUAGAGCUACUUUUAGCAUUGCUAGCUAAAAAAAAAAUACCGUAAUUUUCGGACUAUAAGCCGCUACUUUUUUCCUUCAUUUUGUAUCCUGCGGCUUAUAGUCCAGUGCGGCUUAUAUGUUGAUUUAUUUGGGUUAGGUAACACCUUAUUUGACAGCGGCAUCAUAAGACAUGACAAUAUCAUGGGCAUUACUGAAUGCUUGAGUUAUGACGGAUGUCAUUAAGUGUCAUCCUUCAAAAUAUGUCACUAACUCCAUUUAUGUCCAGUUUGGAUCUUUUACAUCCAUCCAAAAGUGAGAUAAUUUGCCAGAUAACACUAAAUGACAUCUGUUAUAAGCAUUCAUUAAUGCUCAUGAGUCAUGACAGUCUCAUAUCAUAAUUAGGAUGGUCUAAUGACAGUCUUAUGGCGCCACUGUAAAAUAAAGUGUUACCAAAUAAUUAAUAACUCGUUAGUAAUGAAACAACUGGAACCGUAACUAAAGAAAUAAUUAGCACAUACCUUGAAUUUAGAUUUUCUGUAGCACAGCAAUGCAUGCUAGGAGGCAUGUUGGACAACAUCAGUGUUGACAGCACUUGGCAGCAGAGGAUGACUGUCUCCCUCAUGGGAGCCGUGAUGGCCAAAUGAAGCUUCUUGAAGCAAUGAUGCUUUGCAGGCAAUUGGUUCAAUGCUUCAUGGUGGUUCAUUUGGUCUUAAAGUGUUACCUGUUAAUAUCUUUGGUGUAAAUAUCUCAUAAUACAGUGCAGGCUGCGGCUUAUAGUCCAAUGCGGCUUAUCUAUUAACAAAUGUCAUUUUCGUGUCAAAUUUGGUGGGUGGCUUAUAGUCAGGUACGCCUUUAUAGUGCGAACAUUACGGUACAUCUUGAAUGUAGAUUAAACAGGAAAAAUGUAACAACUCUUGUGUAGCCCAAAGUCCCGGAGUAAGAGUUGCAUUUUUUCUUCACAAAUCUACUCAAGUAAAAUUAAAAAGUAUAGCUUAGUAAAACUACUCUUAGAAGUACAUUUUUCUCAAAAAGUCACUCAAGUAAAUGUAACGGAGUACAUGGAACGCGUUACUACCCACCUCUGCUGUGCAUAAAAAAAGCAUUGAGGAAUACAUAAGUACACAAAAGUAGUAACAAAGGAGUGAGUGAACGAAUCAUAUGCUCCUCCCAUUCAAAAUGAAUUGGACGCCUAGCGUCGUUAAUAGCAUUGAAAGAUGAGCAUUCAAAGUCAGUCCUCCUACUUUAUUUAUAUUUAUUAUGAAUUGGACAUCUAUCAUUGUUAAUGGCAGUCAAUGAGAUAAAACAUUUGAAUAUUUUUCCCAAUGCAAAUGAUGAAAUUGAAAUGCAGUACUGGUACAACGAGUGGUACAUUGGCUCUCUCUAGUGGUAGGUGAAAGAAUUAAUUAUUGAAUAAAAUGUUUUAAAUAUUGAAUGUAGGUUUGAAUAGGGACUGUAGGGACAUAACACUAGCAACUUUUCAGGAUGCUCAAAUUGUCCCCACCAACUUUUAAGCAACCUUAUUUGCUCUAUACUGUAUAAUGAGUUCAGUCAUAUAGGUAAUUUAGAUUGUCUUCCCAUAUGCUGUAAGAAAUUGAAAUAGAAUUGACUCUACCAUUAUUAAGUGAAUUAUUGUCAUUUACUGAAUGCACAAUUUUUUUCCUCUCAAAUGCACGUUUGGUUGGCUGAUGACUUGCAUUUACUGUAUUUUCCGCCUUAUGAGGCUCAUCGAAAUAUAAAGCACACCUACAAUGAAUGGCCUAUUUUAAAACUGUUUUCAUAUAUAGGGCGCACUGCAUCAUAAGGCCCAGUAGUAGUAGUUGUUGGGUUGGGCAUUAAAGGGAAUGUUAUGCCAUGAUCAACUAAUAUUGAUCCACAUAUAAGAGGCAUCGGAUUAUGAGGCACACUAUCGGCUUUAGAGAAAUUUGGAAGCUUUUAGGUCCGCCUUAUGAUGCUAAAAAUACAGUAUUUAAAAUAUAUUUUCUACAUUAUUUAAAAAAUAUUUUUAUUUGCAGUCUA